AUGGAUCGCACGAAACACUUGGCUGAGUUGACGACGGACAUGGAAGCUAUCAUUCCGGAUUACGAUGAUGUGACCGCAUCACCACUUCAUGCCGCUGAGGCUAAAGACAACGACCGCACACCAUCAAACGACAUGGAAGGAUUUGAGACUAGUGGAGAUGCGGCCGCAGAUAUCGAUGAAGGUAUAUGGCACGAACGCGCACCCUGGGCUGCACCAACGCCACCCAGCCCAAAUCCCCUCGCAGACCUUGCCGACCCACCUGAGUUCCAUCUAGACUCAGCGCCAAUACUGGAAUCAGCGAACAGCUCUUCCUCGCCAACGCAUGCGGAAUCACUCCCGUCAUCUCCGCGUCGUCUGUCUUCCCUCUUGAACAGGGCUAUAAACUACUUCGGCAGCUGUAUUGGCAGCUACUUCACGUCCGCGCCUGGCGUAAUCGAGUACUCCGGCGCGGAUAUCCUGCGAAAUACUCAAGUCGGUAUCGAGGCGGAAGAGCUCACAUUUCCGGACAAGCCUGCAGUGAUUAAGAUCGUAGCUAUCGUCACCGAUAGCUCCGGUGCAGGCAGAGAGAAAGAUGAGAAAUACGAGGCAGUAGAGAGGCGUGUGGAGUUACGGGCAAAGCCUAAGCGAGUGAAGGAAAUUUUGAGAGGGGAGAGGUAUUACAUUGCCGAAGAUUUCUAUAGGAAGGAAAUUCGGCUCGCGUUCAAAGCUUUGGGAAAGUUGUGA